AUGGCUAAAUGUGGUGGAUGUGGACAGUUCAUUGCGGCGUCAGCUGGCAUCCGGUGCAGCAAGUGCACGGGCUGCUAUCACCGAGCCUGUGUGGGUGUACCAGCCGCGGCCACCCCCGCGCCUGGUUGGCUGUGUCCCGGCUGCAAGGCGAAAUUGCCUAAGACCGACAAUUCCGCAACCCCAGUGAAGAGUGCAGCAGCUGACUUCACGGAGACAAAUAGUCCGCCCACCGACACCACUGCGAGUCUGGAUCUGGCACGAGAGAUACGGUCUUUCAGGGAGGAGUUGAGUACGCUCCGAGCAGAGAUACGCGAUAUGCGGCAGGAGACUGCUGACUUCAGGGCUGCCAUUGGGGGCUGCAACGAGCGCAUGGACGAAGUGGAGCACAGGGUGACCAACCUCGAGCAGCGCUUUGAGGCUAGGGACCCGUCACCCUACGACCACCUAGAGGAGACGAUAGCUGACCUGAAACUCCAGUUAAACGAGCGCGACCAGGACCUGCUGCUCAACGAUGUUAUCGUGUCAGGCAUUCCUGAAUCGAAGGCCGAGAACCCGGCACAUUUAAUAAAAACAGUGUCUCUGAAGCUGGGGAUUGCUCUCGACGAUAGGGAUAUCGUGAACGUCGAGCGUCUUGGCAUGGUGCGGCGCAACUUUGUCACGACUGCAUCCCAAGGUGACAUAACGGAGCGACCGCGACCACGCGUCAUUGCCGUGCGCCUGUCUCGCCGUGCGGUCCGGGAGCAACUGAUUCGCGCGGCGCGUGUGCGCCGCGGGCUCACCACUGCAGACCUCGAUCUGCCCGGCCAGCCGCGGGGGGUCUACGUUAACGAGAAUCUGACUCGCUCUAAUGCAAGGCUCUUUCGUACCACUCGUGAGGCUGCGCAGCGUCAAAAAUUCAAGUAUGUGUGGACUAAAGAGGGACGCAUAUACGUGCGGAAGGAGGACGGCGUAUCCGCUCUUCGCGUUCGAUCGGAAGCCGAUAUUAGAAAAAUAUUUUUUGGAGACGGCCCGGUUUGA